GCUAAUACAGCAACACCAUACAGGAGCAAAGAACUCUAUCCCACAUCAACAUCUCUGACAUCAACUGUACCAACAGUGGAUGCUGCUCCCCCUCUAACAGGUAAUGAGAAUGAUCAUCUAGUUGUUCAAGAUGCGAAUAUUGAACAACCGCUGCAACUUGCCAGUAAGUUUGUCGACGCCUCUUUGCUACGUGAUAAGAUCUCUCCAGUUUUGGAUGACAGCUCGUUCCACGGAACUGCUGUGAACUAUAAUUAUAGUUCUGAGAUACAAGGAUUGGGUCCUUUCUGUCCCUUUGAAAGAACCGAUAUCAUAAAUAUACCUGAUGAAAUCCUUAGCCAAUAUAGCAAAGUGGAAACAUCUGGUAAAAUGGGUCUAUUUCCUGAAAUUUCAAGGGCCUGGGUCACCAUAGAUAAUAAAUUGAUCCUUUGGAACUUGACAAAGACGUCGGAUUUUCAAAGCUUUGAAGACAUCAAACAUACAAUCUUGAAAGUUCACCUUGUUAAGCCAAAGCCAAACACAUUCACAAGUGCCAUCACUCAUCUAUUACUCAUAGCUACACCAUUCGACAUACAUGUAUUGGCUGUGGCUUAUACACAAGACUCUUUGGAUUUGUACAACACUGGAAUGAUUGUCCCAACACAUUGCCUGUCGGUUGAUCAAUUUGUCUCCUAUGAUAAAACUGGCCAAAUAUUCUUCACAGGUCAAGGUGACGGUUUGCACGUUUGGGAGCUUUUGUACUCAAACUCGGAAGACUGGUUUAACAAAAAAUGUAACAAACGUUGUGUGACAAGAUCUGCGGUGUCAAGUCUCAUCCCUGGUGCUUCUUUGAUCAAUUCAAUUGCAAACACAUAUUUCACCUCGGAAAACUCAUCUGAAACUGUUGUUCAAUUGGAAUUGGAUAACACCAGAGGUGUGCUCUACACGCUGUCGAAUAAAUCCAUCAUACGAGCUUACAAAAUCUCACCUUCGGGUUCAGUACAUGAGGCUCGUAUCGUGAAACCGACUGAUAUAUCAACCUAUGCAAGAACAUCCUCGGCAAAAGCUUCGCCAUUACUGGCAGAUAAAUAUCUCAAGAUUGUGAGCAUAAAUGUCGUGACAAAGUCUGAGAACGAUGAUUUGUUUUUGGUUGCAAUUACGGUUGGAGGGUGUCGUCUUUACCUCAAUGGCUCAUGUUCAGAGCAUGCAGUAUCUGCUCUAAGAUUGGAGAGCGUUAAGUUCCCACCUACUAAAAAAUCACUCGCAGAUGUUGCAUCGGAGCAGAGGGAAUUCAAAGAACAAGAGGCCAUGAAGGACUUCUCUAUAGGCGUCAAAAGACAAAAAGAAUUACCAACCAUGCUCAGUUAUCAGAAGAAAUCCAGUGUUCUGCUUUCUUCUAAGCCGUCCAGUAAAAUCAUUUCACCUGGUAUCUUUUUUGAUGUUGUGGAGAAGGAAGAUAAGGAGCAGAAGUUGUUUGUUUCUGUUCCAGAUUACGGCAUCUUAAAGUACCAUAACCAGUAUGUCGAAAAUGCAACAUUCUUGGAGUGUUCAGGUACUGUCCAUCAGAUCGUGGCCCUCACCCCAACAUUCAACGCUACCAACCGUCCUCGUGGAUACGCAAAUGAAUUUGCUACCCAGUACACAAAUGGCAUCUUUGAAGUUGCUGUUCUUACAAAUACUUCUCUCCAAAUUUACAAGUAUAGAACUCCUGAUUUGGAGAUGGCAUCUUUUGUUACCAAAUAUGGUCUUCUUGAAGCUGCAUCUACAGCCCUCUAUACUAUAAGAUCCAAUGCUUUCAGCUUUUUCACCUUGGGUAUUCCAAAUGUUGUUGACUUUGCACCAAAAUACAAAUCAUACAUGAAACCCAACUCCAUGGUUGUUAAAAUGUUCCAAUUCAGCAAUGUUGUUCUAAGUCCAAGAUUUUAUGGAAUAAUUGCUUUGAUCGGUAGACUUUUCCGUGAUAUUUGGGAUGAAAAUGUCUUCAAGAUUUCCCCAGAAAUCAAGUUUAACAAGGAUGGCUCAGUCUUGAAGGGGUCCAUUUUUGAAAAUGAAUACUUACACAUGGUUAACUUGAACGAAAGAAACCUUGAAUUUCUUCACAGCUCAACUGCCGUUUUGAACGAGUUCUUCCAAACUUACGGUAACACUAUCGCUUGUUUUAUUCCACCUAGCUUCAACAACAGAAACUUCAACAAAGCUGAUGAAUUUGCAAAUCAGGCUGAGAACAUUGCCAUCAACUCUGCUGAAGCACUCUCCUUCUUUGUCGUUCUGCUCAAGGAAAGCUCUGAUGAAGUUAACGGAGAUCGACUUAGGGAUAUUUUCAAAUAUUUAUCACUGGAUUUGAAAUUCAAGGAUAAUCUCAUCAAGGAAAUAUUGUCUUCCAUCAUCAACAGAAGUAUGUCACGCGGAGAAUCCAUUGAAUACAUUGCUAAAGGACUACAAGAUCGCUGUGGUACUUUUUGCUCUGCAAACGACGUUGUUGGGUUCCCAAAGGAAAUUGGUUUCAAAGACUAUGAUGAGCUCUUUGAGGCCAUCAAUAAUGAGGUGAGCAUUGAGAAGUUGAAAGAAUCCAUCGACAUCAUGGUUGGCUUGAAUGAUUUCCCACGUGCAGUAAAAUUUGCUCUGAACAUCUCUGCCGGUAUUGAUCAAGGUAACUUAGCACAACAAAAGAAAUAUUACGAAAAACGUAGGGCUAUUUUCGAAGUUCUAGCACUUGAAUCCAACGGCCCAAGUCCUGUGACGGAUAUGGUAAAGCUAAGGGAUUUGACCUAUGAUACAUUGUUCCAUUAUGAGUUAUAUGAUUGGUUCAUUGCUCAUGAUAUUGAUACACCAUAUGUACUCAGUUAUUUGGAAGAAAAAUCAUCCGUAUCGUUGGCGAUCUCUGAUUUGUUAUGGAUUUACCAAUCUAAGAAGGGGCAACAUUACCAAGCAGCAGUAACUUCGUACACAUUGGCUAUCACCCAAAGAAACGAAUAUCUGUCCAGAGCUAUUGGGUUCUGUAACUGUACAGCUCUACCAACAGAACGUCAACAAGUGAUCCAGUUGUCAUCCAUGAUUGAGGAAUACGAUCUGCUACGUUUGAAUGAAUCCAAGCGUGAUGAGUUGAUUGAUCAGUUGAACGGCAAGAUCUUGACUGUCACGGAGUUGUUUAACGACUUUGCAAAUGUUCUCUUCUAUCAUGAUGUAUGUCUGAACAUUUACAAAGAGAUCUUAUCCAGAUGGCUUCUGUUAUUUGAAAGUGAAGGUUUUGAUUUGAUCACGAAUCCCGGUGUUGAUGAGCUCACCACUACGCUGGUAAAAGUUGGGAAGAAGCUAAGCAGCUCUGAUCUUGUUUAUGAAUCCGAUGAGGGUGCUAUUGUCAACAUCUUUGAUCUAAUUGACACCAACGUUGAGAACGAACAUUUCAAGAAUGAGCUCGUCUAUCUCAUCCACACAUUGAGAGAGAUUAUCUCAAACGAUGAGGUUCGUCAAUUGAAGGUUUACUCCACAUCUGCUGACCCAAUCCACAAGUACAUGCUGAAGACUGGUCAUAGUAUUUGAGACCAUUUGUUAGCGGAUAUCGUCUAGCAGAAGAGAUUAUUAUAAUAUCGUCAAAUCUUACACCACUUACUUAGAACUGUGCUUAUUAGCUGUAGUUCCAACCUCUUUCAAGUUCUCAUCGCCUUACAAACCAACUGCAACUUCCCGAGGGUGUAAC